UAUGGUGUGAAGAAGAAGUCGACUUCCUUCCGUCUUGUGGCAUUGCUUAAUAUGGUGACAUUAGCUGUCUUCCGAAUAAGCGUGUCUUUCUACCUCGUUUACUGGGCUAUAGUUCAAAUCCCAGUCAUUCCGUGGUUGCAUACUAUCUUCACCAUUUUCGUGAUAUUCUCGCUGUUCUGCUCGAAUGCAGUCCUCGCGUACAGGGUCAUGGCCGCGGAUGGCCUUUUUGGUGAAAAUUAUUUUGUGACUGGGCAAUCACGAGCUCGUAAGCCCCCACCACCUGUUAAUAGCGCAACUGUUCAUGUCGAAACAGGAGUACGAGAGGAUUAUGCCGACGAGGAAGAGGUAGGUGAAGAUAAUAUCAAACCGAUGACAUAUGAGUUUUUUUUCCAACGACAAACGAGCCUUGUCAAAUGA